GAUGGGGAUGGGGAUCUGGGGACCCAUCUCCCCAAGGUGGUGGAUGCAUGGGUUUUUUUAGCGUCUUGAACCGCGUCGUCGUUGUCGUCGUCGUUGUCCUUCUCGUCAGCUUCCUGCUUCUUAUGCUUUCCCUCUCCCUUUCUAGUGAAGCUAUUUAACUCAUGCUCCUUCUCGACACGCUCGCUACUGGGUGGAUUUUGUCUUUCGUUUGUGCUCGCCGUUCGUGAGGCUUUUGAGCUUCAAGUCUCUUUGACAACUCUAUAGUCGCUGGGGAUGGGUUUGGUUCCAUUUCUUUUUCCAACUUGGUCGGCUUUCCAGAGUCACUUAACCACCCCUCUUCGGCCUUGCGAGCAAUUCGUACCCAACACAUUGCUUGAGUCCCAACAGACUCGGACACAAUGCUCGGAUUGCAUAAGUUGUCAAUCCUCCCGCCAGCUCUGAUUGCGCUUGUUCUCACAUCCAUCCCAUGCGCCGCUGUCAAUAUCGACUUCUUCGACUAUCCGGUCGAUGCAUAUGACUGUUUGAAUCAAGCAUCCACUACAUCCAACUGUGCGGCGGGAGCCCCAGCUGAGGCGACCUCGUGCUUCUGCAACAAUGGAGGAAAUUUCGUUACGGGCACGGCCAGGUGUUUGGCAGAGUCGGACCCGGGAGACCUUGCCGAAGUGUAUGGCACGUUAAAAUCCAAAUGUGCCGCAAACCAUACGCCUUUGAACGUUGGCGAAGAACAGUACUAUUCGGCUGCUGGCUUCACUGGUACGGCAAGGUCGACUAAAGCAAUAGUGACCAAGGCUUCAACCACAGACUCCACACUGAUCUCGGCGCCCACAUCUCUCAUGACAUCGACAGCACCCAAGGGAGCCACCGUCAAAACCGAACCGGAGGAAACGGCCACGUUCGGAAGUCAUGCCAAGUCGUCACGGGCAGAAGAUGGCAGGGUGAACAAAGAUGAUGGGUUAUCCACCGGGGCAAAAGCGGGUAUCAUUGCUGGCUCGACCGUGGCAGGCGUGGCCGUGUUGGCGAGCCUGGUAAUGCUGUUGGUGCGAUAUAGGAGGAAGAGGGGUAGGGAAGACUCGCACCCGAUGAUUCUAGAGCAGCACGGCAAUAUGCUGCUCAUACCAUCUCCAGCCGAAGCGCGCGCUCUUGAGGAGGGCAAUACCUCGGAAAACUCGGGCGAUUGGUCAGACAAGUCCAAAUGGAGACCCUCGUCAAAUCCGACUGAGCAACGCAAGAGCGGCUUUAACUGGGAAUCGCCAUAUGAUCUGGUAUAUAUUGGGGAUGAGCCUGAACCUGAACCCCCAAAGGAAGCAAGAGAAAUGGAAGAAGAGGGCCGCGCUGAGCUCCAGGGUUGCGAUCGCCAACCAGUGGAGAUGUCGACACAAGCGCUAUCGCCAAAAUGGAGAGUGUCGGAUGAUGCUGCACAACGAUAUUCGGGAACGGAGUGGGGGGCAGCGGACCUGGCGGGUGAGACAACCGCACUGUCCCAGAGCCGGGGCGAAAGGUCAUAGAAGGUGCAUAAGGUGUGGGUUUCUUGAUGGAUUUGGCUUAGGCUCUAUACCCCGGGGGCUUUUUUUUUU